AUGGCGGGAGAUAAGGGUCCGGUGGGACCAGCGGGUCACGAUGGAGAACAGGGUCCCGUGGGGCUGCUCGGGGCUUCGGGCCCCACAGGCCCUCCAGGAGACGACGGGGAUAAGGGCGAGCAAGGCGAGUCCGGGCAGAAGGGCAGCAAAGGAGACAAAGGGGAAGGGGGCCCGCAAGGCCCCACCGGCACUCAAGGUGUCAUCGGGCAGCCAGGACUCUCGGACACGACGCCUGACGAGCUGCUGAGCGCCGUGAUGCGCGCGGUGCUCGCGGACGUUGGCCUUCCUCCUGACCGGCUGGGAGACGUUUGUGUCGGUAACGUGCUGCAGCCCGGAGCCGGUGCUGUGAUGGCCAGGGUGGCUCACUUCCUCAGCGGGUUUCCGGACACGGUGCCGUGUUACACCGUCAACCGGCAAUGUUCCUCCGGCCUGCAGGCUGUGUUCAACAUCGCAGGAGCCAUCAGGAGCGGAUCCAUUGACCUCGGCCUCGCCUGUGGUGUGGAGAGCAUGUCUCUGGGUGAGAUGGGGAAUCCAGGAGAUUUGAGCUCCAGGCUGACGGAGGUCGACAGAGCCAGAGACUGCAUGAUCCCGAUGGGCAUCACCUCAGAGAACAUCGCAGAGAGAUUCGGGGUCUCCAGAGAAAAGCAGGACGCCGUCAGCUCGCAGCAAAAGUGAGCAAGAGAACGUUA